AUGGGCUCCUAUCAUCUGCCCGUCUGGGGUCACAUCACCCUCCUUGUCUUGACAAUACUCGCAUUUGCGCCACACCUCUACUUUCUGGCUCGGAAGCAGGAUAGCAGCCCAGUUUCCAUCGUGUAUAUCUUGUUGAAUCUUGUCGUGGCCACCGAGCAAUUUGCUGUGUCCUACUUUUUCGCCAUCUAUCCUACCAACACCAAGUGUCUCAUUUGCCCGACCUAUAAGGAUAUAUUCUCCCAUACUCCUCUUGAUGUCGGCGACUGGCUAAACUUUGUUCACUUCUUGACCGUCUUCGUUCUGUGGCUGAUAAUGUGCAAAUUUCCCCCUACUCCCAGUGAACAGCUGCUAACAGAUGCCAGCUUCACUCUUUGUCUUCGAUAUCGUCUGGCACAAAACCGAGAAGAGCUGACAGUCCUUGUCAGACGCCCUGGCUGGAUCUAUUCAUGGUUUCUACUCCUCACGAUCGGGCCCCUUGUUGUCGAAACCGCGUUCGGGGGAAUUGAUUAUCGCGGCAGGACGUCGCCUAUUCUUUUUGUUUACCAAUUUCCCCAUAUAUUUCUUCUGGCCCCGUUGAUGCCAGUAAUUCAGGCGAUAGCGAUUGUUGCGCAACUCAGGAGGGAUCGCGAGACUCGCAAUCGGGCGCCGGUGUGCAUCCAAGGGGGACUGGUAGCGCAGACCAUCAUCUUUUGUCUCCUGGCAGUAACUUGGCCUUACCGUCUUUUACUUGAUGACACGAAUUGGAGCUUACUGUCCUGGUAUACAUUUGCCGGGUGGAUCAGUAUUAGCAGCGGUAUCUUUGCAUUUGGCCAAGGCUUGUUGCUGUUCUAUGCGAGGGGGGUUUGCCGGGCGGAGGGACACGAUGCGGGAGAAGGGCGAGCCCUCUUACACGAUGCUCCGUCGGAGCAUACAAAUGAAACAGAUGGUAGCCAAUAA